GUCGUCGGAGUGCCCCGCUCACGCUUUCGGCUCGCGUUUCACCCGGCUGCUGACACCAACAGCGGGGCAGGUGUCUGAUCGAACCACCGCAGUUUUCUGAGAAAUGUUCGUCUGUUUUAUUUAAAAACUUUUAAGCAGCUGUGAGUUUUCACAAUGAAGCUUACGCGGAGCGACAGGCCGGGCUACAACUCACCUCCACUCAACAACAACACUAGCAGCAGCCUGUAACUAUCGGCUUUCCUGCCUCGCUGUGGGGUGGUCUUUCUCGUUUCUUAACGAGCUUGUUGACGUUUAUUGUUCUUUUAAACAUUUGUCACUCGGACUUCUUCUCACAAACGUGACCCAGACUAAUCGACGACAGCCAUAAACGCUGAGCUCAAGGAGGAGCAUCCCCCGUGUGAGGUUUAUUAAAGCGCAGGAGGACGCAGCAGGCAGACAAGGUCUCUUCACCGAGACGGAGAGGAGCCAACAUGUUUGAGGCGAGAGGAAUCCCCUUUGUCCUGCUGGACAUAGUCUGUCUGGUUCUAGUUGGGCUCCCUUUUGGGAUCCUCAAUUUGCUGCACCAGCCUUAUCGCAGAGGCUUUUUCUGUAAUGACGAUUCCAUAAGGUACCCCCUUAAAGAGGACACCAUUUCCUAUCAGUUGUUAGGAGCUGUUAUGAUUCCCAUCACAAUACUGAUUAUGGUCGUUGGCGAGUGCCUUUUAGUUUAUCUGCACCGCCUCAAAUCCAAGUCAUCAUUCGGCAGCUACGUAGCCCGUGUUUACAAAGCCAUCGGUACCUUCCUGUUUGGUGCAGCGAUGAGUCAGUCCCUGACGGACAUCGCAAAGUAUUCAAUUGGCCGCCUCAGACCGCAUUUCCUGAACGUGUGCAAACCUGACUGGAGCCUCAUCAACUGCUCGGCGGGGGCGUAUAUCGAAAGCUUCACCUGCACUGGAGACCCAAAAAUGGCCAAUGAGGGCAGGUUGUCGUUCUACUCCGGCCACUCGUCGUUCUCCAUGUACUGCAUGCUGUUCCUGGCUCUCUACCUGCAGGCUCGGCUUCAGACGCAGUGGGCGCGGCUGCUGAGGCCGACCUUACAGUUCUUCCUGAUCGCGGCCUCGGUGUACACAGGGCUGUCCAGGGUGUCCGAUUACAAACAUCACUGGAGCGACGUGCUGACGGGCCUUCUGCAGGGCGCACUGAUGGCCCUGUUGGUGAUCUUCUUCGUAUCGGAUUUCUUCAAACCCCGAGUGGAUUCCCCUAAACAAAGCGACAUCCCUCACACCAGCCUGCAGGAGACGCCCACAAAUGGACACCACUUGGAGAGUCCCGCCUUUCCUCAGUGAGCAGCAGAAUCUUCUGCUCGUCCCGAACGCACACGACUCCCAGCCUCUAAGCUUCUAUCUGAAAUCCCUGACCAGUUCACUGCAUGGACCAGAGGGGCUCGCUAUACUAAUGUUGCCCAGUUCCUCUACAUGAUUACAGGAAAGCAGAUGCUCCAUUUAAAGAGCUUAGAAACCACUUGGCCUAUUUAGAUGUAACUUGCUGAGAUUAUCUCUUCUGCCCACUGAAGUGACUGAGGAUGAAGGAUGGGGAUUCUGAAGAACAGCUGCCUGCAUGCACACCACUCCUAAAGGGUCAGACCACUGAUGGGACGGGGGUGGAAACCUGUGAAUGUAACCGUUUUUAGUGCUUUUCCUGACCUGGAGUCAGCACGCUCAAGAUUCUGAUUUGGGGUCAGUUUUAUGUCUCCUGCACCCAUUAAAGGGUUUUUAAACUAUGUGGCCUUAGGAUAGGUGCAUCACAGGGUUAAUUAUGAAGAGAACUGAUCCUAGAUCAGAGUGCAGCAGCAUUACUGUGCUGACUCCAGGCUGCUGCUGUCUCACUCUCCAGCUGUCUCACCUGCAUCACGUUUGGUUAGAGAGCUGCAGAGUCCUCGACUAAGCCCGCGUUGCCUUUGCUGGACUGCUGUGUAUUUAAUGUAAACAGACAACAAUGUGCUUUUUGUAUAAUCUGUAUGCCAACAAAUCACCAUACAGACUUUUAUUGAAAAACAACGUUACAGAUAUAUAUACAGAUGUCUAAAACAAGGAGAAAUGAAGCCAUUUUACUCAACGUUAACACAAGUGAAGCAUGUGUUUGAUGUAUGAUGUCACGUACCAAUGUAAGCAAACAGCUAAAUUAAAGUUUUAACUUGUAA